AUGUCCGACAACAAAAUAGACUUAAGUUGGGAUAUUCUUAGCAUUAUCCUUCAAAAUCGUGAUGAAUCUUUGCAACCAAUAUUGCAAAUAUUAUGUGGUCGACAAAUGGCAAACAGUCAGAAAAUUCGUCUAGCUUUAUACGAUGGUCAUACCAUUUGGAAACAUUGUAUUGUCAUCAAUGAUGAUGAAUUCUGCAAUGAAUUGCUCACACCAUUCACUGUUAUACGUAUCAAUAAAUAUCGGUUAGUAGCAAAAGACGACGAUGUUCUUGUAUUGUUGAUCGAAGAUUUAUCUAUCAUCAAAAAUGGCGACAUUGUUAAUCAGAAAUUAACCAAAGAUUUGGAAGAAUCAAUGGAAAUCGAAAAAACUUUUGAUUUGAAUAGUCUUUCUUCUUCAUCUAAAGUGUUUGCGUCAUCGACAAAAUCAGAAUCGAACAGUAUUGCUGUAGUGAAACCCAACAUGGCCACUCAAGAACCAUCGAAUGUAUCAAUCGAUCCCCAAAUGAUUUGUCCAAUCAAUGUAAUCACACCGUUCUAUCGUACUUGGACAAUAUGUGCUUGGGUGAUGAGUAAAUCGUCGUUUCGUUCAUACUCCACUGAUCGUGGGCAAGGACGAUUUUUUCAUUUCGAUGUUUAUGACAAAUGCAGUGAAAUACGCAUUAAAUGUUUCAAUGAAGAAUGUGAUCGUUUUUUCAAUCUUAUUGAAACUAAUAGAUGCUAUUUCAUUGGAAAAGGAUCAGUUCGAUUCAUAUCGAAUAAAUUAAAUACGAUUCGUAAUGACUACGAAAUUUGGCUUGAUAAAUCCAGUUUCAUUCAUCCAUGUCCACUAGAAAUUGGUCAAUGUCAACCAAAAAUUCGUUAUAAAUUUGUUAAAAUUACAACUAUAGCUAGUCUAGAUAGACAUUCUGUGAUCGAUGUUAUUGGCGUCAUACAUUCAGUGAACAAAACAACAACAACGUUUUUACAACAAAAUCAAAAAGUUGUAAUCAAACGAGAUCUGGUCAUAGUUGAUGAUACGAAAACGAAAACCAUUCUUACAUUGAGUCAUGAAGAAGCGGAAAAUUUUCAUGGAAAACCUGGCCAAAUAAUCGUUGUCAAAGGUGCUGUCGUUAUUGAAUGUCAAGGCAAAAAACUUGUUGCAUUUGGCCCAUCAAUGAUUGAACCUGAACUGCCUGAAACGGAAUUGUUAAAAAAAUGGUAUCAAGCUUUAAGCGAACAAGAUCAUCAACAAUUUUCAUCACUUUGUCGAUUGCCGGAUCAAAAAACUGAUGAAACAAUUCAAUUUACUUUUAUCGGUAAUUUUGUUCAGAAAAUUGAACCAGAAAGUCUCCAAUACUCAAAUGUUCGUUGUAAAAUUAUCCGUAUAAAUCGUGCUGAAAAUCAUUUCUACAAAUCAUGUCCGUGUUGUUCAAAAAAAUUAUCCGAUGAUAGUGAACAAUACUAUUGUAUUCAUUGUGAUUUCAAAUUCAAUAAAUUUAAUUGGCGUAUGAUGCUAAACAUUGAAAUUGCUGACUGGUCCGGUUCCAUUUGGUUGGUUGCUUUCUAUGAUCUAUGUGAAAUACUAUUACAAAAAUCCAUUGAAGAAUUGGUUAAAUUAUAUCAAGACAAUAUACGUUGCUAUCGGAAAUUAUUGAUACAAAAAUUAUUGUAUCAUACGUUUAAUUUUCGAAUUAAAUCUCGAAGAGAAUUAUAUGAAGGAGAAUAUCGUAUACGACAUAUUUUAGAAUCGGUUUUACCCGACGACGACGACAAAUCCAUUCAUGAAACCUACAUAAAAUCGAUUAAAUUUCUCAACGAAAAUGUUUAAAAUUUUAAUGACGAUAAUCUCUCACAUGUAUGUGUUUAUUUAAAUGUGUAUAUAUUAAUCCCCUGUGUCAGGUGUGUAAAACGGGGUUUUAAAAAAAUAUUGUAUAUUUACAAUUACAAUAAAUGUGUGUGUUUGUGUGUUUAUAUGUUUAAAGAUGUGAUGGAAACAUUAAAUUUUGAUCAUGUAUAAAAAAAAA